AUGCGCAAGAACGCGACGGACGCCCGGGCUCGCGUGGGCAAGAAGAAUUUUCAUCUUCCCCUGCCGUGCGCGAUCUGCGGCUCCUUCGACCUGCAAGCCCGCACCCACGGAACCAAAUGGGAGUGUUGCUCCUGUCGUAAUCUGCUCAACGAACCCAGCAAGUACCACCAGCGGACCUGCGCGAACACCAGCACCUGCAUGCGCUUCCGUAAGGAACGUGACGAGCUGAUCGAAAAGGGACGCGAUCCGAGUGAUGCUAUCUGCGUAGAUGGACCGUGCGCCGCCUGCCGUCUCCUUCGUGCGCGCGAUGUCGGGCAGCUUCGCGUCUCGAAGAAGCCGAUCAACCCUAUGAUGGACCGCAUGGCCAUGGCCUGGUUCGAGCUGCUGGGCGGGAUGCCGUUCCAGCGCGGCGGGCGCCGACCCACUCUAGUGGACCUUACCUUCGCCAUCAAGUUCAGGAGCCAGGGCCGCUGGGCCGACCAGCCGCCGAUGGGAAGCGAGCAUCCCCUCGAGGCGAUCUUCAUCCAGCCAAACACACGGUGGCUGACGAUCGCCUACGACCACUUGCCCGCCCUCUACAAGAAUGAAAUCAUUCCAAUCGCCGCUGCUGGAGACGAGCAAUACCAUGCAGACGAAAUGAUCAACUUCUACAACGAGUUCAAGGGCAGGCUGACGAAGAUCUUUGGCGGGCCGCAAACGUUUAGCCUGCUCGACCGGCGUGACUUCACUGAUUGGAACGAAGAGUUCGACUGGCUGAAGUACCUCGAGGAGAUGAACAUGCCGAUCAAUGCAGGGACGCAGUUUGUUGCCAACAAGAGCGCCAUGCAAGAUUUCUGCACGAUGCUUCGCGACCCGAAAAUGUGCUGGUGCGCCAAGGAAAUGAUGGUGCUGAAUGAGUACGACGGACUCAAAAAUGGAGGACCGAAG